UUUCACAUCACGAAAAAUCUGAGAGCGAAACCCCAAAUCUAGAAAAGAAGAAAAAUGUCGGAUGAUGAAGGAGUGGAAGAGUACUUGUUCAAAAUAGUGAUAAUAGGAGAUUCAGCCGUUGGAAAAUCCAACCUCCUCUCUCGAUACGCACGAAACGAGUUCAAUGCUCACUCAAAGGCAACCAUUGGGGUGGAGUUUCAGACCCAGAGCGUGGAAAUUGACGGGAAGGAAAUCAAGGCUCAGAUUUGGGACACUGCUGGCCAAGAACGUUUCCGUGCUGUGACUUCUGCUUAUUACAGGGGUGCUUUCGGUGCUUUGUUGGUUUAUGAUAUUAGCAGGAGAGCUACUUUUGAUAAUGUUGCUCGAUGGCUUGAUGAACUCAAUUCACAUUCUGAUACAACAGUGGCAAGGAUGCUUGUGGGAAACAAAUGUGAUUUGGAAAACGUCAGGGAAGUGACAUUGGAAGAAGGCAAAAGCUUAGCAGAAGCAGAAGGUUUAUUCUUCCUCGAAACAUCUGCACUCGAUUCUACCAACGUUAGGACCGCGUUUGAGAUGGUCAUCCGAGAAAUCUACAACAAUGUGAGCAGGAAAGUGUUGAAUUCUGAUUCAUAUAAAGCUGAGUUAACUGUCAAUAGGGUAAGCCUUGUGAAUGGUGAUGGCUUAAAGCAAACUCAGACCAAGAACUCAUGCUGUUCUAGAUAGGUUCUGUUUCAGUUUGUUACAAUUCCGUGUGAAGGGUUUCCUCAGUUACUGUUUUUUCUUUUUCCUGCAUUAAGUUAGUUAUUGUCUUUCAUCCAAUUUGAGAGAAUCAAAAUCGAAAACUUUUAGU